GCUAGAGGAGGGGACAAGCCAGUUCUCCUUUGCAGCAAAAAAUUACAUGUAUAUAUUAUUAAGAUAAUAUAUACAUUGGAUUUUAUUUUUUUAAAAAGUUUAUUUUGCUCCAUUUUUGAAAAAGAGAGAGCUUGGGCGGCGAGCGGUUUUUUUUUUAAAUCAAUUAUCCUUAUUUUCUGUUAUUUGUCCCCGUCCCUCCCCACCCCCUGCUGAAGCGAGAAUAAGGGCAGGGACCGCGGCUCCUACCUAUUGGUGAUCCCCUUCCCCAUUCCGCCCCCGCCCCAACGCCCAGCACAGUGCCCUGCACACAGUAGUCGCUCAAUAAAUGUUCGUGGAUGAUGAUGAUGAUGAUGAUGAAAAAAAUGCAGCAUCAACGGCAGCAGCAAGCGGACCACGCGAACGAGGCAAACUAUGCAAGAGGCACCAGACUCCCUCUUUCUGGUGAAGGACCAACUUCUCAGCCGAAUAGCUCCAAGCAAACUGUCCUGUCUUGGCAAGCUGCAAUCGAUGCUGCUAGACAGGCCAAGGCUGCCCAAACUAUGAGCACCUCUGCACCCCCACCUGUAGGAUCUCUCUCCCAAAGAAAACGUCAGCAAUACGCCAAGAGCAAAAAACAGGGUAACUCGUCCAACAGCCGACCUGCCCGCGCCCUUUUCUGUUUAUCACUCAAUAACCCCAUCCGAAGAGCCUGCAUUAGUAUAGUGGAAUGGAAACCAUUUGACAUAUUUAUAUUAUUGGCUAUUUUUGCCAAUUGUGUGGCCUUAGCUAUUUACAUCCCAUUCCCUGAAGAUGAUUCUAAUUCAACAAAUCAUAACUUGGAAAAAGUAGAAUAUGCCUUCCUGAUUAUUUUUACAGUUGAGACAUUUUUGAAGAUUAUAGCUUAUGGAUUAUUGCUACAUCCUAAUGCUUAUGUUAGGAAUGGAUGGAAUUUACUGGAUUUUGUUAUAGUAAUAGUAGGAUUGUUUAGUGUAAUUUUGGAACAAUUAACCAAAGAAACAGAAGGCGGGAACCACUCUAGCGGCAAAUCUGGAGGCUUUGAUGUCAAAGCCCUCCGUGCCUUUCGAGUGUUGCGACCACUUCGACUAGUGUCAGGAGUGCCCAGUUUACAAGUUGUCCUGAACUCCAUUAUAAAAGCCAUGGUUCCCCUCCUUCACAUAGCCCUUUUGGUAUUAUUUGUAAUCAUAAUCUAUGCUAUUAUAGGAUUGGAACUUUUUAUUGGAAAAAUGCACAAAACAUGUUUUUUUGCUGACUCAGAUAUCGUAGCUGAAGAGGACCCAGCUCCAUGUGCGUUCUCAGGGAAUGGACGCCAGUGUACUGCCAAUGGCACAGAAUGUAGGAGUGGCUGGGUUGGCCCGAACGGAGGCAUCACCAAUUUUGAUAACUUUGCCUUUGCCAUGCUCACUGUGUUUCAGUGCAUCACCAUGGAGGGCUGGACAGACGUGCUCUACUGGGUAAAUGAUGCGAUAGGAUGGGAAUGGCCAUGGGUGUAUUUUGUUAGUCUGAUCAUCCUUGGCUCAUUUUUCGUCCUUAACCUGGUUCUUGGUGUCCUUAGUGGAGAAUUCUCAAAGGAAAGAGAGAAGGCGAAAGCGCGGGGAGAUUUCCAGAAGCUCCGGGAGAAGCAGCAGCUGGAGGAGGAUCUAAAGGGCUACUUGGAUUGGAUCACCCAAGCUGAGGACAUCGAUCCCGAGAACGAGGAAGAAGGAGGAGAGGAAGGCAAACGAAAUACUAGCAUGCCCACCAGCGAGACUGAGUCUGUGAACACAGAGAACGUCAGCGGCGAAGGCGAGAACCGAGGCUGCUGUGGAAGUCUCUGGUGCUGGUGGAGACGAAGAGGCGCAGCCAAGGCGGGGCCCUCUGGGUGUCGGCGGUGGGGUCAAGCCAUCUCAAAAUCCAAACUCAGCCGACGCUGGCGUCGCUGGAACCGAUUCAAUCGCAGAAGAUGUAGGGCUGCCGUGAAGUCUGUCACGUUUUACUGGCUGGUUAUCGUCCUGGUGUUUCUGAACACCUUAACCAUUUCCUCUGAGCACUACAAUCAGCCAGAUUGGUUGACACAGAUUCAAGAUAUUGCCAACAAAGUCCUCUUGGCUCUGUUCACCUGCGAGAUGCUGGUAAAAAUGUACAGCUUGGGCCUCCAAGCAUAUUUCGUCUCUCUUUUCAACCGGUUUGAUUGCUUCGUGGUGUGUGGUGGAAUCACUGAGACGAUCUUGGUGGAACUGGAAAUCAUGUCUCCCCUGGGGAUCUCUGUGUUUCGGUGUGUGCGCCUCUUAAGAAUCUUCAAAGUGACCAGGCACUGGACUUCCCUGAGCAACUUAGUGGCAUCCUUGUUAAACUCCAUGAAGUCCAUCGCUUCGCUGUUGCUUCUGCUUUUUCUCUUCAUUAUCAUCUUUUCCUUGCUUGGGAUGCAGCUGUUUGGCGGCAAGUUUAAUUUUGAUGAAACGCAAACCAAGCGGAGCACCUUUGACAAUUUCCCUCAAGCACUUCUCACAGUGUUCCAGAUCCUGACAGGUGAAGACUGGAACGCUGUGAUGUACGAUGGCAUCAUGGCUUACGGGGGCCCGUCCUCUUCAGGAAUGAUUGUCUGCAUCUACUUCAUCAUCCUCUUCAUUUGUGGUAACUAUAUUCUACUGAAUGUCUUCUUGGCCAUCGCUGUAGACAAUUUGGCUGAUGCUGAAAGUUUGAACACUGCUCAGAAAGAAGAAGCGGAAGAAAAGGAGAGGAAAAAGAUUGCAAGAAAAGAGAGCCUAGAAAAUAAAAAGAACAACAAACCAGAAGUCAACCAGAUAGCCAACAGUGACAACAAGGUUACGAUUGAUGACUAUAGAGAAGAGGAUGAAGACAAGGACCCCUACCCGCCUUGCGAUGUGCCAGUAGGGGAAGAGGAAGAGGAAGAGGAGGAGGAUGAACCUGAGGUUCCUGCCGGACCCCGUCCUCGAAGGAUCUCGGAGUUGAACAUGAAGGAAAAAAUUGCCCCCAUCCCUGAAGGGAGCGCUUUCUUCAUUCUUAGCAAGACCAACCCGAUCCGCGUAGGCUGCCACAAGCUCAUCAACCACCACAUCUUCACCAACCUCAUCCUCGUCUUCAUCAUGCUGAGCAGCGCUGCCCUGGCCGCAGAGGACCCCAUCCGCAGCCACUCCUUCCGGAACACAAUACUGGGUUACUUUGACUAUGCCUUCACAGCCAUCUUUACUGUUGAGAUCCUGUUGAAGAUGACAACUUUUGGAGCUUUCCUCCACAAAGGGGCCUUCUGCAGGAACUACUUCAAUUUGCUGGAUAUGCUGGUGGUUGGGGUGUCUCUGGUGUCAUUUGGGAUUCAAUCCAGUGCCAUCUCCGUUGUGAAGAUUCUGAGGGUCUUAAGGGUCCUGCGGCCCCUCAGGGCCAUCAACAGAGCAAAAGGACUUAAGCACGUGGUCCAGUGCGUCUUCGUGGCCAUCCGGACCAUCGGCAACAUCAUGAUCGUCACCACCCUCCUCCAGUUCAUGUUUGCCUGUAUCGGGGUCCAGUUGUUCAAGGGGAAGUUUUAUCGCUGUACAGAUGAAGCCAAAAGUAACCCUGAAGAAUGCAGGGGACUUUUCAUCCUCUACAAGGAUGGGGAUGUUGACAGUCCUGUGGUCCGUGAGCGGAUCUGGCAAAACAGUGAUUUCAACUUCGACAACGUCCUCUCUGCUAUGAUGGCGCUCUUCACGGUCUCCACAUUUGAGGGCUGGCCUGCGUUGCUGUAUAAAGCCAUCGACUCGAAUGGAGAGAACAUCGGCCCAAUCUACAACCACCGCGUGGAGAUCUCCAUCUUCUUCAUCAUCUACAUCAUCAUUGUAGCUUUCUUCAUGAUGAACAUCUUUGUGGGCUUUGUCAUCGUUACAUUUCAGGAGCAAGGAGAAAAAGAGUAUAAGAACUGUGAGCUGGACAAAAAUCAGCGUCAGUGUGUUGAAUACGCCUUGAAAGCACGUCCCUUGCGGAGAUACAUCCCCAAAAACCCCUACCAGUACAAGUUCUGGUACGUGGUGAACUCUUCGCCUUUCGAAUACAUGAUGUUUGUCCUCAUCAUGCUCAACACACUCUGCUUGGCCAUGCAGCACUACGAGCAGUCCAAGAUGUUCAAUGAUGCCAUGGACAUUCUGAACAUGGUCUUCACUGGGGUGUUCACCGUCGAGAUGGUUUUGAAAGUCAUCGCAUUUAAGCCUAAGGGGUAUUUUAGUGACGCCUGGAACACGUUUGACUCCCUCAUCGUAAUCGGCAGCAUUAUAGACGUGGCCCUCAGCGAAGCAGACCCAACUGAAAGUGAAAAUGUCCCUGUCCCAACUGCUACACCUGGGAACUCUGAAGAGAGCAAUAGAAUCUCCAUCACCUUUUUCCGUCUUUUCCGAGUGAUGCGAUUGGUGAAGCUUCUCAGCAGGGGGGAAGGCAUCCGGACAUUGCUGUGGACUUUUAUUAAGUCUUUUCAGGCGCUCCCGUAUGUGGCCCUCCUCAUAGCCAUGCUGUUCUUCAUCUAUGCGGUCAUUGGCAUGCAGAUGUUUGGGAAAGUUGCCAUGAGAGAUAACAACCAGAUCAAUAGGAACAAUAACUUCCAGACGUUUCCCCAGGCGGUGCUGCUGCUCUUCAGGUGUGCGACAGGUGAGGCCUGGCAGGAGAUCAUGCUGGCCUGUCUCCCUGGGAAACUCUGUGACCCUGAGUCAGAUUACAAUCCCGGGGAGGAGUAUACAUGUGGAAGCAACUUUGCCAUUGUCUAUUUCAUCAGUUUUUACAUGCUCUGUGCGUUUCUGAUCAUCAAUCUGUUUGUGGCUGUCAUCAUGGAUAAUUUCGACUAUCUGACCCGGGACUGGUCUAUUUUGGGGCCUCACCAUUUAGAUGAAUUCAAAAGAAUAUGGUCAGAAUAUGACCCUGAGGCAAAGGGAAGGAUAAAACACCUUGACGUGGUCACUCUGCUUCGACGCAUCCAGCCUCCCCUGGGGUUUGGGAAGUUAUGUCCACACAGAGUAGCGUGCAAGAGAUUAGUUGCCAUGAACAUGCCUCUCAACAGUGAUGGGACAGUCAUGUUUAAUGCAACCCUGUUUGCUUUGGUUCGAACGGCUCUUAAGAUCAAGACCGAAGGGAACCUGGAGCAAGCUAAUGAAGAACUUCGGGCUGUGAUAAAGAAAAUUUGGAAGAAAACCAGCAUGAAAUUACUUGACCAAGUUGUCCCUCCAGCUGGUGAUGAUGAGGUAACCGUGGGGAAGUUCUAUGCCACUUUCCUGAUACAGGACUACUUUAGGAAAUUCAAGAAACGGAAAGAACAAGGACUGGUGGGAAAGUACCCUGCGAAGAACACCACAAUUGCCCUACAGGCGGGAUUAAGGACACUGCAUGACAUUGGGCCAGAAAUCCGGCGUGCUAUAUCGUGUGAUUUGCAAGAUGACGAGCCUGAGGAAACAAAACGAGAAGAAGAAGAUGAUGUGUUCAAAAGAAAUGGUGCCCUGCUUGGAAACCAUGUCAAUCAUGUUAAUAGUGAUAGGAGAGAUUCCCUUCAGCAGACCAAUACCACCCACCGUCCCCUGCAUGUCCAAAGGCCUUCAAUUCCACCUGCAAGUGAUACUGAGAAACCGCUGUUUCCUCCAGCAGGAAAUUCGGUGUGUCAUAACCAUCAUAACCAUAAUUCCAUAGGAAAGCAAGUUCCCACCUCAACAAAUGCCAAUCUCAAUAAUGCCAAUAUGUCCAAAGCUGCCCAUGGAAAGCGGCCCAGCAUUGGGAACCUUGAGCAUGUGUCUGAAAAUGGGCAUCAUUCUUCCCACAAGCAUGACCGGGAGCCUCAGAGAAGGUCCAGUGUGAAAAGAACCCGCUAUUAUGAGACUUACGUUAGGUCCGACUCAGGAGAUGAACAGCUCCCAACUAUUUGCCGGGAAGACCCAGAGAUACAUGGCUAUUUCAGGGACCCCCACUGCUUGGGGGAGCAGGAGUAUUUCAGUAGUGAGGAAUGCUACGAGGACGACAGCUCGCCCACCUGGAGCAGGCAAAACUAUGGCUACUACAGCAGAUACCCAGGCAGAAACAUCGACUUUGAGAGGCCCCGAGGCUACCAUCACCCUCAAGGAUUCUUGGAGGACGAUGACUCGCCCGUUUGCUAUGAUUCACGGAGAUCUCCAAGGAGACGCCUACUACCUCCCACCCCAGCAUCCCACCGGAGAUCCUCCUUCAACUUUGAGUGCCUGCGCCGGCAGAGCAGCCAGGAAGAGGUCCCGCUGUCUCCCAUCUUCCCCCACCGCACGGCCCUGCCUCUGCAUCUGAUGCAGCAACAGAUCAUGGCAGUUGCCGGCCUAGAUUCAAGUAAAGCCCAGAAGUACUCACCGAGUCACUCGACCCGGUCGUGGGCCACCCCUCCAGCAACCCCUCCCUACCGGGACUGGACACCGUGCUACACCCCCCUGAUCCAAGUGGAGCAGUCAGAGGCCCUGGACCAGGUGAACGGCAGCCUGCCGUCUCUGCACCGCAGCUCCUGGUACACAGACGAGCCCGACAUCUCCUACCGGACUUUCACACCAGCCAGCCUGACCGUCCCCAGCAGCUUCCGGAACAAAAACAGCGACAAGCAGAGGAGCGCGGACAGCUUGGUGGAGGCAGUCCUGAUAUCCGAAGGCUUGGGACGCUAUGCAAGGGACCCAAAAUUUGUGUCAGCAACAAAACACGAAAUCGCUGAUGCCUGUGACCUCACCAUCGACGAGAUGGAGAGUGCAGCCAGCACCCUGCUUAAUGGGAACGUGCGUCCCCGAGCCAACGGGGAUGUGGGCCCCCUCUCACAUCGGCAGGACUAUGAGCUACAGGACUUUGGUCCUGGCUACAGCGACGAAGAGCCAGACCCUGGGAGGGAUGAGGAGGACCUGGCAGAUGAAAUGAUAUGCAUCACCACCUUGUAGCCCCCAGCAAGGGGCAGACUGGCUCUGGCCUCAGGUGGGGCGCGGGAGAGCCAGGGGAAAAGUGCCUCAUAGUUAGGAAAGUUUAGGCACUAGUUGGGAGUAAUAUUCAAUUAGACUUUUGUAUAAGAGAUGUCAUGCCUCAAGAAAGCCAUAAACCUGGUAGGAACAGGUCCCAAGUGGUUGAGCCUGGCAGAGCACCAUGCGCUCGGCCCCAGCUGCAGGAAACAACAGGCCCCGCCCUCUCACAGAGGAUGGGUGAGGAGGCCAGACCCGCCCUGCCCCAUUGUCCAGAUGGGCACUGCUGUGGAGUCUGCUUCUCCCAUGUACCAGGGCGCCAGGCCCACCCACCUGAAGGCAUGGCGGCGGGGUGCAGGGGAAAGUUAAAGGUGAUGACGAUCAUCACACCUGUGUCAUUACCUCAGCCAUCGGUCUAGCAUAUCAGUCACUGGGUCCAGCAUAUCCAUUUUUAAACCCUUUCCCCCAAAUACACUGCGUCCUGGUUCCUGUUUAGCUGUUCUGAAAUACAGUGUGUAAGUCAGAACCCAGCUACCAGCGAUCAUUGUGAGGGCAAUGGGACCUUAUAAAUAAGGUUUUCUGUGAUGUGAUGCCAGUUUACAUAAGAGAAUAUCACUCCGAUGGUCGGUUUCUGACUGUCACGCUAAGGGCAACUGUAAACUGGAAUAAUAAUGCACUCGCAACCAGGUAAACUUAGAUACACUAGUUUGUUUAAAAUUAUAGAUUUACUGUACAUGACUUGUAAUAUACUAUAAUUUGUAUUUGUAAAGAGAUGGUCUAUAUUUUGCAAUUACUGUACCGUAUUUGAACUGCAGCAAUAUCCAUGGGUCCUAAUAAUUGUAGUUCCCCACUGAAAUCUAGAAAUUAUUAGUAUUUUUACUCGGGCUAUCCAGAAGGAGAAGAAAUAGAGCCAAUUCUCAUUUAUUCAGCGAAAAUCCUCUGGGGGUAAAAUUUUAAGUUUGAAAGAACUUGACACUACAGAAAUUUUUCUAAAAUAUUUUGAGUCACUAUAAACCUAUCUUUCCACAAGAUAUACCAGAUGACUGUUUGCAGUCUUUUCUUUGGGCAAGAGUUCCAUGAUUUUGAUACUGUACCUUUGGAUCCACCAUGGUUUGCAACUGUCUUUGGUUUUGUUUGACUUGAACCACCCUCUGAUAAGUGAAUUACAGAGCAGGUCCAGCUGGCUGUUCUGCCCCUAGGGUAUCCAUAGUUCUGGUUUUCUCUGCUGCCCACCCAGGGUGUUUUUUGCAUCGCUGGUGCAGAAAUGCAUAGGUGGAUGAAGUAUAGCUGCUCUUGUCCUCUGGGGACUGGUGGUGCUGCUUAAGAAAUAAGGGGUGCUGGGGUGGGGGGGGGACGGAGGAGCAACAUGGUGAUCUAUAGGAUUGGAGUGUCGGGGUCUGUACAAAUCGUAUUGUUGCCUUUUACAAAACUGCUGUACUGUGUGUUCUCUUUGAGGGCUUUUAUAUGCAAAUGAACGAGGGCUGAAGUUUUCAUUAGAAUGCACUGACACGCUGACUGUACGUCCUGAUGAAAACCCACUUUUGGAUAAUUAGAACUGUCAAGGCUUCCUUUUCUGUCAACAGAAUUAGGCCGACUGUCAAGUUACCUUGGCAGGGAUUCCCUGCAAUCAAAAAGAUAGGUAGCGAUUUUGGUCCAAAAUUUUUAAUAGUAUACAGACAACCUGUUCAUGUUUUUUUUUUGUUUUUUUUGUUUUUGUUUUUUUUUGUAAAUAACACCACUUCGUUAUGAAGACCUUACAAACCUCUUCUUAAGACAUUCUUACUCUGAUCCAGGCAAAAACACUUCAAGGUUUGUAAAUGACUCUUUCCUGACAUAAAUCCUUUUUUAUUAAAAUGCAAAAUGUUCUUCAGAAUAAAACUGUGUAAUAAUUUUUAUACUUGGGAGCGCUCCUUGCACAGAGCUGGCAUUUGCCAGUGAGAACCUCCGACGGGGCAGGUACUGUGCCAGGGCAGCUCUGAAAUUAUGGAUAUUCUUAUCCUCCUGGUUCCUUCGGUGCCAAUGGUAACCUAAUACCAGCUGCAGGGAGCGCCAUUUCUCCUAAAGGGCUACACCACUGUCAACAUUAUCUUGGACUCUGUGUCUCUCUCUGUUGGGUCUUGGUCUUACUGUGUGGCAUCACGUCGGGCCAAAAUUGCCAGACCAGGACCCUAAGUGUCUGGUAGAGGCGAUGAUCUUUUCCAAAGUCAGUACUUACAAACUGGCGUUCUUACAGGCUGCACCAUUUCCUAGUAUCUGUCUGCUUUAAGCCUGGUUCAACCUCUCAUCGAAUAUUAAAUUUUUCUUUGUAAGAAAAAUUUGAAGUUGUAGAGCAUGGUUUUUUGUUUUCCUUUGUCUUAGGAAAGUUUUAAGAUGAAAUGUUUUUCCUUUUUGGUUCCCUCCCCAUCUGAAAAAUACACAUUUUUGUGUCCACAGGAAUAAUACAUUUAGUUUCUUUAAUCUUAUGUUUUUCAUAAUCUCACAAAAUGUAAAUGGCAGCUAUGAUUUCACCGUCAACUGGCAGCAAGAACCUCACUAAGAACCAUCUCUGCUCAGCCUAUGGACUCCGACAUCCACCCAGUCAGCUGGAUCUCGCUUCGCCACGUGGCACUUCCCGGCUCUAUCCUAAAAGAAGUUUCAGAAUUGGGCGAAGGCCAGGCGUGGUGGGCUGUGAGGGCCACGUUACCUCUCGGUGCAGUCUCACCUGUGCGAGAUGGGACCAGGGGCACCACUUGCUUUCCUGCUGACCCUGCUAUGAAAAAAACUGGAGCAGUUUCACCUUGUAUACUUCUCAGCAUCGUAAGUGUCUUUUGCCAAUUGCAUUUCCUACAAAAGUUUUACUGUUUUGAUAGGCAGCUGGCUGGUUUAUAAAAACCAGUUAGCCAUAGAACUGACAUCAUGCACAGAACCCCGACUCCCUGAUUAGCCCACCCCAACUCAAAAACUGACUCCAGGGAUGUUUUGUUGAAAAGGUUAUUUCUCUAAAACAGUAUUUCUUUUCCUCUCCUGGGGACUAGGAGGGCAGGAGAGAAUGAGGAGCAGGCCUGGGCCCUGGUUCCAACAUCAGGAGUGACAGGGUGGUCUCAGGGAUGUCCUGUGAGGACAACCUGAGCCACUAAACAGGGCCAAUAGAUGAUAUGGUAUUUUAUCUUUAAAAAACCUGUAUUGGAUCUGAUGUUAAGUUGGCUUAUCAGUAGAAGCAUGAAACCACUUCUGAGUGACGGGAUAUGGUUGGCUGGAGAAGAAUCUGUUUUUUGUUGUUUUUUUGAGACAGUCUCACUUUGUCACCCAGGGUGGAGUUCAGUGGUGCAGUCUUGGCUCACUGCAGCCUCCGCCACCCAGGUUCAAGCAAUUCUCCUGUAUCAGCCUCCCGAGUAGCUGGGACUACAGGCGUGCACCACCAUGCCCAGCUAAUUUUUGUAUUUUUAGUAGAGAUGGGGUUUCACCAUGUUGGCCAGUCUAGUCUCAAACUCCUGGCCUCAAGUGAUCCACCCACCUCAGCCUCCCAAAGUGCUGGGAUUACAGGCAUGAGCCACCAUGCCCAGCCAAGAAGAAUCUAUUUGAACUCGUGGAGAUGAUGCCUGCAACCUUCGCUAUGAGCAGAAAGACUAGAUGUUUGGGUGCCUGCAACUCCUGCUUCAGGAACUCACCAUCUCCAGUCAGGCUGGCAGAUGCUCUUGGCUCCCACGCAGCCCACCCCUGUCCCCUAUUCCAUCAGGAACUGCCUUCUAUUAGUGCAGCGGCUUCAACACAGGCUUCUGCAAUAGGUCAGGGCUCCUGAGAGCACUGGACACAUGCACAGCACAUUCUGUUGUGCUCUUUGAGCCAUUUUUGCAAAGCACGUUUCUCUGUUUUUAGGUACUGCAAGCUUUUGGCCAAGGGGCCCGAUUCCCUAUGAGACUGAAGAUGGGGGGUACCCUCUGUGCACCCCACUUUGUAGCAAAUACCUUUCUCCCCCAUGCUGGCUUCCUCAGGUGACAGCCUCUCCUCCUGGGAUGAAAGACUCCCUUCAUGGCAGGGGAACGCUCAGGUUCUGGACAUGUGACACUUACUUACCAUCUUUUCUUUUGAACCUCAUUCCUGUUUGUUUAUGGCCAAAUUGUGCAAUUGUGUAGAACAUGACUAAGUAUUUGAGAGUGAGAGAGGGCCUGGGUGCAAUCGAGCAGCAUCACCAGUGGGCUCCUCUUACCAUAUGACGUUUUGCUUAUUUUAAAAUACAGCCACCAGACUGAACCCACCAUGGUCUCAGACGCUGACACACCCAUGGGACACAGAGAUGGUAGAACUAAGUGACUGUCACCCUGCCAUAGCCAUACCUGUUCCAGAGAAGAAGGGUCAGCAGAGUCAUGGUUGGCCCAGGACCAUCCCCUGCCCCUGAAUCCACACACACUCCAGCAGGAGAGCUGCAUGAGGCCCUCCAAGUCACGGGGCUGGCACCUGAACUCCUGUUCCUGCACUCUUGCAGGCAGCCCUGAGACCCAGGUGACUGAUGGCCAUGGACUGCUGCUGUAGGGCAGGUGGGGACCUUCCGUAGGAGAAAUAAGUCUCUUGGCCGGUUUAGAAUUUUCUUUCUUGACCAUCUCUUGGAACAAAAAUUUUAAAAAAAUAGGUAAGACUAAACAAGCGCUGCUUAAGAUUUUUAAGGAGAGGUGUGAUGGGUUUCUUCCGUCUCUCUAGGUUUUUCUCAGAAAACUAAGUUGUGGCUGUCAGACCCCCCCCCCCUCCAAUCUGUAAGCCGCCUCAAUCCUCUCAGAUCCCAGCAAAGCCUGGAAUCCCCCAAUUUUCUCCCGUCCUUAUUCUGGGCCUAGUAUAGCUGCAGGUUUCCACGUAACAAUGCUUUUCUUCCCAGCCCUUGAUGGUGGAUGUGGAUGUCUGGAAAAAUCCAAGUGCAUUUUAUUUUCAUUACCUUGUCAGAACAGUCUGGAGAAGGCAUCUCAGUUCAAAUAUAAGUGACUGGAUCACUUUAUUAAAUGGUAAGAAAUUUAAAGAGCAAAGAGCUGUUGUAAAUGCUACUUGUAUUUUUUUUCCUCCAAAACUCCUAUCUUGAAUUUAUUUUUCUUUCACACAGGGG